UCGAAAGCGACAAUGAAUCAGACGAAACAAUUCGUCCUCGCCCACGCAGCUGUAAGUUGUCCCUUGUGCGUUUGUUGCCAAACACUGCCAUACACUCCGCCAUUAGCCUGUCUUUUUCUAGCACCCACUCCUUGUUUCUGUCCGAGACAUUAUUUGGUUCUGCAGAUAUGGUACCACCUGUUUGCCGUGAACAAUCCAGCUCGUUUGUCUUGGCCCAGCCACGCACUUGUGGUCUCUGCCCACCCAUUACCUCAUCACGUGGCUUGGGUCAACACGUCGACACAACACCUGAUUUGGGACGUCCCUGCACCACCUGUAUUUUCUCCACCCCACCGUCGAAUUUCUCCACUAACCCACUACUUCCCUUUGCUCCACCUUACUGCAUUCCAUUUUGCCCUCAAUUUGGACACCCUGCUGACUGAACCAACUGAAAUAGACACCACAUUCUCAGACGACCAGCCAGUUCACGCGGACGUCAUGUCAGAGGCUUGGAGGCUCCCAAUCCCACCUUACGGUGACGGCAAAGCAAAAAAGGACGACGGCUACGAGAGCGAUGACAAUUAUACAGAUACCAGGAUACGCGACCGUGCUCGCACCGAGCCAGCGACCAUAGAUAGCGACGAAGAGUUCGAACAGGUCGAGGCCUGGCUGACAGAAAUAGAUGAGAAGCGCCGUGGAGUAGACAGACCCAAGCCACGCGCGUCUGGCCGCUCUAGAGAAGAGUCCCCCAACUAUGUCAUUCACAACAGUACAGACACAGAGACGUCGGACAAGGUUGAAGUCCCUGACACUCCCAUUCAGCGCGAAGGAAGUGAUGAUAGUUCCGUCAUGCGCGAGUGGAUGAAUGCGACGGCCGUGGCAAACCCUCCUCGCACUCCCAUCCAGCUUGGACCAAGUGAGGCCGAUCGUUGUGAGUGGGAUAGGAUGCGCAUCGUAUGUACACCUACACCUCCAGGCGGUAUAAGCCGAAACGACCGAUACAUGCCCAAGAAAGGAUAUAAUAUUUCCGAAUACCCAGACGAGCAGUCCAACAAUCUCAAUAUCAACGCCGAGCGGCAUGACUUCAACAAAAGCAGCACUUCCCCUUUCAAGCCAAAACAUGAGGAUGCCGAUGCCGGGAAACCCAUCAUGGCGGAGCAAACCAGCAAUACGACCACCGAAUGGAUGGAGUCCUUCCCCCUCUUCGAACCACACCGUCCACCUCCUCCACCCCCAGUCUCGAGAAUGGAACCUUUCCCCGCCUUCGAACCACACGGCCCACUCCCCCAAUCCCCAGUCUCAAAAACGGAGUCAUUCUCGGCCUUCGAUUCCACAGUCACACCACCUUCAACCACUCACUCCCGGCCCUCCAUUCUGGAGUCUACCCCCCUCUUCGAACCACACCGUCCACCUCCUCCACCACCAGUCUCGAGAAUGGACCCCAUCCCCCCCGUCGACCCCAACCAACCCCCUUCCCAAACUCCCACAUCAAACUCCUCAACAACCCCUCCCCCUCUACCCCUCCCCCUCGCAACCAUCUGCAUGCGCCUCCAAGAACACGCGACCUUCGUAACAAUGCUCAGGAACCGCACAACCUUAGCCAACCAAAUCUUCCUCAGCCCCUACCCACACAACCCGCUAAAACUCCCCAUCCCCUGGACGAUCCCAGCCUGGGACCAAUCAAGCCUAUACCCGGAUAUCCGGGCGGGCUACCUCUCUCUCGAAGACUACAUCGCAAACUAUCUCCGCGAGCGCCUCGCUGUUCUCCGCGCAGAAGUAUCAACAACGCCAUCGGCGAUGCGCUCAGCGGCCGAAAUCGCAGACGCGGAGGCGAAGAGCGAGGAACUCUCCCGUAUCAUUGUUCGCUGCAAGGUGCAUGACUUCACGCUGUCUCAGGAUCGCGAGCACGAGGUUACGCCUUCGCGGGUGACGUCUUCGACGCUGAUUAUCGCGCCGUGGAUGGCGAGUGAAGAGAAGGAGGUUAGGGCCAUGGUGGACGAUAUGGAUCAGGCGUUGAAAGCGGCGGUCGAGAGUAAAAUCGCUAUCGGGAUCUUCGCCGAGGAAGAAGAGAAUGUUCCGCCGAUUGUUAGGGUGCAGGGGAGGGAUGAGGAGAGGACUAGGGCGUGGCCUGAUGAGUGGAAAAGGUUCGAGCGGUUGGAGAAUUUGGAGAAGAAGGAGUUUCCGGGUCGGUUUGUUGGGAGUUGGAAGUGA